AUGUUCAACGCCGCGGCCAUGAGACGCCUCGAAGGGCACGGCUUGCCGUGCGCUUUCCCCGACGUCUUCUCCUCCGAACCCGCGCCCGAUGAGUCGCCCACGAUCAAGCGGUAUCGCGAGCCGCGCGUCCUUGCGCCGGUGCACCGCACCCCCGCUGCCACUCAGCAUGGUACGCCGAGGCGGAGAAAGUGCUCCGUGAACAACACACCGACUGCGUCUCCGCGGACAUACAAGACACGGGGGCCACAGGGCGUCGAGCGUGCCCUCGAAGACCUGAUGCAGAAUCUCAAAGUCGCGACGGUCUCCCUGAGGCCGGAGAGGGGCAUGAGGAGAGAGCCGCCGAGCGCAUGGAGCGACAGCGAUAGAGAGCGAGAAUCCCGGCAGGCCAAGACGCCGGCGCCGCGCCGUUCCGAGUCAGUGCGACGCUUCGCCGCCUCGCUCCGCUCCAAAUCCUCGCUCUCCCUCCGCUCCAAGCGCCCAUGCACGCCCGCGAUCGGCACCGUCGCAUCAGCAAACAGCUCGACAUGGUCAUUCGCAGCCUCGCGCCCCGCCUCUCGCCCAACCACCCCUGCUGUACCGGCCGUGCCAGCCAUGCCUGCGCUGCCGAUGCUGCCAACCCCGACCAGCGCGGGACCCCGGUCAAAGAGCCUCAAGCUCCCGGGCUUUAUGCAGCGGCUGAAGCGCAGCCGCGGCCCCAUACCCGACAUGCUCAUGGGCGCGGGCCACAUUCCUCCCGCCCUGUCCAUAGGAGGGCGGGGAACGACUUCGCCACUCUUGUCCACGCACUCGCCCCCGACUUCCAAACAUGAGGGGUCGUCGCGUCCUGCCUCACCCAUGCCCAUCCCAGUCAACAAUGGGCACGGCGCGUCUUUGUCGCGCUCCCUACCCAAGGCGAAAGCGACGUGGCGCGCGAAAAGCCGCGCGGGCGUGGGCGCGGCCGUGCCGGCCGGCCAGCUCGGUCAACUGGCGCAGACGAAAACGAAAACGAAAACGUCAACACCCCCUGCCGCCACCGCCACAAGCCCUAUCGCGAACAAAGCCUCCGGCUCAUUUCCGCGACCCUCCCUCACCUCCCUCACUUCGUUGACCUCCCUCGCCGGGUCCGAUGACCGGGAUGCAACUUUUAUGACGCGGUCGGCUGAGCGCGAGGUCACCCCAACAAAGCACGAGGUCAUAACAUCGCAGACAGAGUUCUCAGUGCCAAUAACCCCCACGCAACGAACGUCGUCGCUCAGCGCUUCAGCAAGUCUCAGACGGCGGUCGCUCGCCCUUCUCCACUCGCCCAAAGUGUCAAAGUCGCCUACAUCGCCGACGUCGCCGGCGUCUCCCAGCUUCCCGAGUUUCGGCUUCAACGGCCAGCACUUCCCCAGUUUUAACCUCACAUCGCCUCUGCGGCGGAGGAGCAAACACCCCCACCUCUCCAUCGACACCCAGCCUGGCGACAUGCUGCACGCACCCGUGGCAUCGCCUCACGCCUCCCCAAUGAUGCCGUGCAACCGCCCGCUGUCCAAGGCGGAGGCAAUUCUCGGCGUCCGUCUCGACUCCAUCUCUCUCGACGGCGGCUCCUCUCCACUAAACUCAGGCUCGGACUCGUCCGACGACGAAGUCCUGUCCUUCUCCACUCCCCGCCGCGGCCGUCGUGCCCCCGCCGUCUCAGUACCCAUCAGCAUUAGCCCAGCACCCUCUCACCCCGCGUCUCCGAGCAAAUGGCUCACCUCCCCCGCCCCCCCGAAACAGCCUACCACGCCCGACCUGUCGUUCGAAUCACUUUCGGAGCUCUCCGAAACCACGCAGUUCGGCCACCCCACCACCCCGCCGAACUCGGCCCACCCCGAACUCACCUCCCGCUCCGCGCGGGCAGCCGUUAUUGCCGUCGCCAACGACCCCCUCAAGCCGCGGCGACUACUGCACCAUCUGGGGGCGCGGCGAAAGAGCCGCACACGCGAACAACGCGACCGCCUGUUGCGGGAGAAGGAGUGGGCGCCCCCCGUCCCCCCUCUCCCCACCGAGUUCGAGCCGUCCCACCUCUCGCCAGACCUCGACCUCGGCGUCCCCAUCGCCCCCCCGCACACGCUCUACGCGCCGGGGCUGAACGACGUGAUCUCGCGCAACUUCCGCCCGGCGCGCGCUCCACACACCCUCCCCCCUCCCCGGCGGCGGCCGGGGAGCACGCAGAUCGCGGCCCCCGCGCCCGUACCUAUUGCGCCCGAAGCCCGCCUGCCCCCCCACGGGCCCCGCGACGACGAGUACUGCGCCGAGCGCGAGAUCCUGCCUCUCUUCCACUCUAAUGCGAGCGUGCAUACCUUCGGCACGGGCGCGUCGCAUCGCUCGCGGCCAAGCGACGCGAGCUCAUUUUUCGAGUUCGAGUUUACGCGGAUGGACGUGGAUGCAGACACAGACGAGUAGUAAUGUAGCUAUAGCAGUAAUGCAAUGUGUAUCUGAG